AUGUUGAAGUUAAGUUCGGUGAGAGCUGCCAGACCACACCCGCCGAUAAUAGGAAGAAGGGACAGAUACACCGAUGGCGGAAAAGUCUCUCCCAGUAUGAAUCUUGAAACCAAGACACUAAAAGCAGGCUCACCACUCUUUAUUAUGUGCGUAAAUGAAACUGCCACCUUAGACAUACUCACAGUAGCCGCAACAUGCCCAAUUAAAUCGAGAUCAGUCUUUGGAGUCUCCGCAAUUCUGAGCGCCCAAGAAAUCAACAUUAUUAGCGAACCAGCGGCCAACGACAGCGUCGAGCACCUUCUUGUUGUAGAUGUUGAAGAUCACGUUCAAGCCCCACCACGUAGCGAAAUAGAUCCCGAUCUUCAACCUCCUCGCCGACUCCGCCGCCGCCGCCGGCUGCUGACCGAUCGGCUCCGAUCGGUCGGCCUCAAAAGCCCCGCGCGUGAUCAUAGAUCGCUCAUCCUUGUCUCUACUGUUCGAGAACCCCACCACCACCCUCGAAAUAUGGAGCGGCCUAGAGAGAGAAACGGCGGAGCUCCCGCGGGUUUUCUCCGCCGCCAGAGGAUGCAAAGCCGGCGAGCGCCGGCCGACGGUCUUCCUCAUCCCGUGGAGAAAAUCCGAGCCAUGGAUUGGCUGAGAUGGCAGCUUGACAGAAGAUAUCAUAGCAGUAACAGUAGCAAAAAUCAGAAAAAAUGA